AACGUACCGGUGGUAGGGACGCUAUCAGAAGCAACUCGGCGUUUAUUAUUGCCCGGUGAAUUGCUGGAAUCAGAUGACGACGAUACUCUGAUGCUGCUCGAGACCGCAACACAACUUCGAGAGGAUGCUUUCGUGAUUGUUUCGCAUCUCAGUGUUCAGAUGGAUUUACUGGAGUUUGAUUCCGAUAUAUCGUGGCCUGUUUUUGAUGGAUUAAUACAUUGGUGUGUUAGUAAGGUGGCUGAAGCUAAAGAUCCUCUCCAACCGGGUUUUAUUUCACCGAGGUAA